GAUUGUGCGACAAAACCUUCCAGAAGAGCAGAUGUAAUGCAAGUGUAGGUUCCGUGUAGAUAUCGGAAAGAAAGCUCAACAAGUCUCUUCUCGUAAAGCCCACGAAAGCAUUACCCAUAAAAGCCACAAACAAUCAUUCUUCUACAAUAAUCUCUCUCUUCAAGUUUUGAUUUUGACUCUUUGUUUGUUAUUUUCCGAUCAUCCACCUAUUUCUCUUUCUGAGAAAUCUUGACGAUCGCCGUUUCGUGUUUGAGUGCAACAGAAGUGGGAGUUUCGCCAUGUCCAAAACCUCGUUCAAGCUCGAACACCCUCUGGAAAGGAGACAGGCAGAAGCUCGUCGCAUCAAAGAGAAGUAUCCUGACAGAAUACCUGUUAUUGUGGAGAAGGCUGGAAAGAGCGACAUUCCUGACAUUGAUAAGAAAAAAUACCUUGUCCCAGCUGAUUUGACAGUUGGACAGUUUGUAUAUGUUGUUCGGAAAAGGAUCAAGCUUGGUGCUGAGAAGGCUAUAUUUGUCUUUGUCAAGAACACCUUACCUCCCUCUGCUGCUUUAAUGUCUGCACUUUACGAAGAAAACAAGGACGACGACGGAUUUCUUUACAUGACUUACAGCGGAGAGAACACCUUUGGAUCCUUUUAACAGCCACAAGGCUCUUGUGUAAAUGCAACUUGAAAUUUGUACAUUCUCGCAUAGUGCUUCAAAUCAACGUUCUAUCCUCCCAAAUAAUGAUUCAACUCUAUUGGGAUCAAGAGGUUCAAUACCAUUAAUGUUGUGCUGGAACCACAUACCUGGCAUGGAAGUCGUGGAAGUACAUGUAUGACAUGUUGAUUUGGGUUAGAAUGGAUGGAAUUUAUCGUUCAUUUUCUUCUUUUUUUUA